UCCAGGACUUUACAGAAAUUCAAGAGAAUAGCAGUGGCACCAAAACAAAGACUUUUAAGAACAUUCCAGAGCAAUAUAGUCAUCUGGAAGAAUUGAGCAAAUUUAGAUUCAAGAUGUCUCAGAAGCAGGUGGCUGCCGAGCAAAGCAUUCCUCAAGGAGUAAUGACAAGAUCCCAGGAGGAAGCCGCAGCAGUUCUGAAAAAGCUUGCUUUAGAAGGAGAGUUGUAUGCCUUACAGAAGUACCAAGGAGGGAUGAGGUCAGCCAAGAUAACAUAUAGUAAGGAUAAGUUGUUGCUACAUCGUUUGAGGAAGAAGCAUCCUCCUUCAGGUGUUAGCGUUGUAUGUCACAACGAUGUUAUGAAACUGGUUGACCCAUCAUCAAGACUGACCUUCCUAUUGUUGGAAGAGAAAGAUUUCACAAAAUUUGGCAAAGUUUUUAUACGUCUUCAUGGAGACACCUUGGCAGCCAAACAGUUUUCUUGUCUGUGCACUGGUGAGAGGGGUCCUACUUAUGCAGGUUUUACAUGUGUAGAUAUUUUUAAUGAGAAACACAAGACACUGGAAUAUGUUCGGAUGGGAGAUUAUGAGAACUGCAAUGGCACUGGAGGAAAGCCUUUGUUUCCAGGUUUGAAUAGCAGCCAAGAUGAUUAUAUAAGGCCAUGGGUAGCUGGCACAAUAGAAGGGUGUUGGGUAUGGAAAAGUGAAAUUAGUGCUCAAUUUGACAUUCUGUUGAAGGAUAACCCAGGGAGAUUUUGUGAAGCAGCUUUUGGCAUUGUGGAAGAAGGUUUGAAAGUGUUAAAAGAAGCUCUUUUGGAGUCCUCAUGUAUCGAGAUGCUCCGUAUUAGUGAUUGUGGAAUAGUGUUGUGUUCCUGAACAGCAUACUUAUUCCCCAUGAAAAGCAUACAAGGAGAUGUGAAGUAGUAAUGUGGCAGGCCACCCAUAAACUUUUGUCAUUAGCUUUUAGUUUAGCUGUUGUAGUGAAGGGUGCUUUUUUUGUAUUUUUAUAUCUUAUUUUUUUUUUCCAAUAAAAUUAUUCUUAUUAA